AAAUCAAAAUAGGUCGUGAAGAAAUAGAUGGCAAUCUUCAAGACAAAUUUGUCACCGUCAAAGAAUUAAUAAAUGCUACUGAAAAUUUCAGUGAAAGAAAAAAAAUCAGCGGUUCUAGGACAGUUUUUAAGAACUGCCAGGUCACACAGUGGCGGUGAAGAGACUAGAUUCCCAUCAUUUUAAGGAAAAAAUCGAUGAAUUGAAAAAGGAAAUUCACAUCAUCGAGUCAUUGCAACACAACAAUAUCCUUCAACUGUUGGAUGUUCAUAUUGAAAAAGACCUCCAAUUUCUUGUUUACGAAUAUAUGGAAAAGCAAUCCCUUGCCGACAUCUUAUUUGUCCCCAACGGAGUGAAGCUUGAUUGGGAAACAAGGUUUAACAUUUGCUUGGGAAUAGCACAGGGUUUGAAAUAUCUACAUGACCUUGACAGAGUAAAGAUUGUUCAUACGAAUAUAAAAUCCACUAAUAUUCUUCUUAAUAAGAAUUUUGAGGCUAAGAUAUCAGACUUCGGAUUUGCAAAGCUUUAUACCGAAGAAGAAAAAGUUAGGGUCAUCGCAAGAGAAACAAAGAAAGGCUACACGGCGCCAGAGUAUUUGCAAAGGGAAGAUUUACCAGACACAGUAGAUGUUUUCAGCUUUGGGGUGGUCGUACUUGAAAUUGUCAGUGGGGAGAGAAACGUAGCUAGCUCAUCAAAGAAGGAACUUGAAUUUCUUGUAAAUAGGGCUUAUAAAGCAAAUAAAGUCGGAGAUUUGGAGAGCUUGGUUGAUAAGAGUUUGCGAAAGUAUGAUCAAAGAAAAGCCGCCAUCAUCUUGAAAUUAGCACUGGAGUGCACCGCCCUAGGUACUAGUGUCAGACCUACAAUGUCUCAAGUUGUGGGUGUUCUUGUUGGCGAAAUAAGCAUUGACGAGGUUUGUCCACUUGCCAAGCCCACUGGCGACGUCAAUGUUGCUAGUUCCACCACUUCGGGGAAGUCGACUUCAGUAGCAGCAACUUCGUCUUAUUCAACCUAAGGCGUACAUGAUCAUCGGAAAAGUAUUUCUAGAUUAAUCAAAAGUUUUAUGUGAAUAGCAUUAGACGUUCUUGAAUUGCUACUGUUACUGGUGUGCUUUAAUCUUUUUCGCGGUUUCUGUACUUCGCAUCCUUUUGAACUUUGUGAACCCUUUCUUCCAGCAGAAUGUCAUAUCAAAACUUGGAAAUUUGUUA